AUCUACACUUAUUGUUUGUAGUAUAUUUUCGUAGUGGUUCAAUCAUGACAUGAAGUUUUACAUUGGUUUCUUUACAUCGCACCAUGUGGAAAUGCUGUAUUAUUUAGGGUCAUGCUUAAAACAUGAAGGUCUGCUGUCAAACAUCUGUCAGCUGAGGUUUCUUGUUCUGUCUCCAGGGAGUUCAACAGCACCACUAAUGUGGUAGAAUAUUAUUUUCCAGCUCAUUCUUCUGUUUUAUGGGUGGUGAUUCCUUUCUUCUAGUCAUCAGGUCAGCUGAUAAAUUCUGAUUACAAGGCAGGAGUCUAUCAUGAGAUACAGCGUGUUUCCUGUACUGCAUGUCACUGUACUUUCGUUCUGCUUCUCUAUCCAGUCACUACAGUUAUAUCACCAAUAUAAACAGCUCUAUUCACAUAAAUCAAACAGGACUUGGGUUUAUGAUUGUGAGCCCAUUUUUUAUAUGAGCUUUGAUAACAAAAACAGUGAAAUGUGAAGCCGUUUUGUUAGGUCACAAAGUUAUUGACAAGUGUCAAGUGAAUGAGCCGUGGUAUAAAGUAUACUCAGACAUCACAGCUAGUGCAAGUGCAAAUACCAAAUGGCAUGACAGCUUCAGCUGACACAGCGUUCAGUUGGGCGUUAAACGUUAACUCUGUCUUAGUUCGAAGCCAUCGCCUUUAAUAGACAUUACCUUACAUCUUCACAAGCUCCACAUACUGUACGCUGUGGGAGAGGACAGAUGACACUAUCACGGACUCGAUUGGAAAAUUUGCAUCAUUUCUAGGUUAAUCUCAAGCUCAGUUGUGAGACAUUUAGGAAAAAGGUCAUUUGCAUGGUGAGAAGUACUGCGAGGACCACAGCAUGGAGAACAAUGUGACACAGAUCUCCAGAGAAGAUCUGGAGGAUCUGAGAGAGGCUUUCAACAAAAUCGAUAUUGAUAACAGUGGCUAUGUAAGUGAUUUUGAACUUCAAGAGCUCUUUCGAGAGGCCAGCUUUCACAUUCCGGGAUACAAGAUACGGGAGAUUGUGGAGAAGUUCAUGGCAGGUGACACCAAUAAAGACGAGAAGAUCAGUUUUGAAGAGUUUGUUGCGAUAUACCAAGAGCUGAGAAGCAAAGAGGUGAGAGAAACUUUUCGCAAAUGCAUCUCCAGGCGGGAUGGGAUUCGUUCCUUUGGAGGAACAUCAAGGAUCUCAAGUGAAGGAACUCAGCAUUCUUACUCAGAUGAAGAAAAAGUGGCCUUUGUGAACUGGAUCAAUAAGGCCUUGGCAGAUGAUCCUGACUGCAAGCAACUGAUCCCAAUGGACCCGGAGACUGACAGUUUAUUCAAAUCUGUGAAAGAUGGAAUAUUGCUGUGCAAAAUGAUCAACCUCUCGCAGCCAGACACCAUUGAUGAGCGUGUCAUCAACACAAAGAAAUGCACUCCAUUUACAAUGACUGAGAAUUUGGUGUUGGCUCUUAACUCUGCGUCAGCUAUUGGCUGCACAGUUGUCAACAUCGAUGCUCAGGACAUGAAAGCAGGAACCCCUCACCUCGUGCUUGGCCUCCUUUGGCAAAUCAUAAAAAUUGGUCUCUUCGCUGACAUUGAGAUCUCACGCAAUGAAGCUCUAAUUGCUUUGCUGGAUGAGUCAGAGGAGCUGGACCACCUGAUGUCAAUGUCCCCUGAGGACCUUUUGCUGCGAUGGGUCAACUAUCACCUCAAAGCUGCUGGCUGGCAACAGAUCAGAAACUUCAGUGAUGAUAUUAAGGACUCCAGGGCAUAUUUCCACCUGCUUAAUCAGAUCUCGCCUAAAGGAGAUGGGGAUGACGAGAUGAGGAUUGACAUUGACAUGUCUGGUUUCAGUGAGCGUGAUGAUGAAAAGCGGGCAGAGCUGAUGCUGAGGCAGGCAGAUCGUCUGGAUUGCAGACAGUUUGUCACUCCCAAUGAUGUGGUGGCAGGAAACCAUAAGCUCAACAUAGCCUUCAUAGCCAAUCUUUUCAACACGUACCCAGCCUUGAACAGACCUGCUAGAAAUGGCAUUGAUUAUGCAAUUGAGGGGGAAACAAGAGAGGACAGGACGUUCAGAAACUGGAUGAAUUCUCUGGGAGUUACUCCACAUGUCAAUCACUUGUACAGUGAUCUGCAGGAUGGUCUCAUCAUUCUUCAGUUGUAUGAGAGAAUCCAGGUUCCUGUUGACUGGACUAGAGUCAAUAAACCUCCCUAUACAAUACUGGGAUCCAACAUGAAGAAGCUUGAGAAUUGUAAUUAUUCAGUCGCACUGGGCAAAAAGGAAGCAAAGUUUUCCUUAGUAGGAAUCGGUGGUGAGAAUAUCAAUGAGGGAAGCCCCAUGCACACCCUUGCAUUGGUCUGGCAACUAAUGAGAAGGUACACACUGAAGGUCCUGUCUGACAUCGGUGAUGGGGAGAAAGUCAGUGACCAAGUCAUUAUCAACUGGGUGAACAACACCUUGAAACAAGGCCAGAAAGACUCGUAUAUUAACAGCUUCAAGGAUAAAUCAAUCAGCACUAGCCUGCCGGUGAUUAAUCUGAUCGACACCAUCGUGCCCAAAGCCAUCAAAUACGAGAUGGUGAAGAGUGGAGACAUGACACCAGAGGACAAGCUAAACAAUGCAAAAUAUGCAAUCUCAAUGGCGCGAAAAAUCGGAGUCAGGGUGUACGCCCUGCCCGAUGACCUUGUGGAGGUCAAACCCAAGAUGGUGAUGACGGUGUUUGCAUGCCUUAUGGGAAGAAGCUUGAAGAAAGUAGAUGGCUGACCUUUCUUGAAGGACGCUGUCAGAAAGCACAACCCUCAAUUUGCACUUUUUCUUCCCCUAACUUCCCUUCUGCCUCACUCACCAAUACUUCAAUGCAUUUUUUUAAAAUGAAUCUUCUUUACAAAUAUUUCAUCUUUGAUUAAUUGACUUCCUAUUAAUUAAAUUUCACUAAUCGUUUAAUUUCUCCUAACUUAUAUGCUACAUGCAGAUCAUCCAAAGGCAAUGUUAUUUUCUUAAAGGUAUAGUUGACCCAAAAAUGAAAGUUUGCUGAAAAUGUACUCUCCUUCUGUACUCUUGUAAUCACCCAUCCUGUAAAUCAUUAAUAUGCUCUUGUAAUCUCCAAAAUAGAUUUGGAGAAAUUUAGCAUUACUUCACUUGCUCACUGAUCCUCUGCAGUGAAUGGGUGCCGUCAGAAAUAGAUGUUCUGUUAUUAAGAUGUGAUUAAGAUGCUUUAACUUUAAACCAUCACUGCAGGCCAAAAUGCAAGUCCAAAAUUAAUACUAAUGCUGUAAAUAAGUCCCCUGUUGUCCUCUCACAACAAAAUCCAGUGAUAUAUUUGUUUAGAACUGUUUUUGCUUGUAAGUGGUGCUUGAUCUGUGCACAUUUCUCUGUGCACGUUUUCAUUAGAGAAAACAAUAUUAUGAUAUAGAGGACUCAUAUUCUUGCCGGAAGCAAUGAAUUGAAGCUUGUGUAUUACUUACUUUUGGAUUACUGUGAUGUUUUUAUCAGCUGUUUGGACUCUCAUUCUGACGGCACCCAUUCACUGCAGAGGAUCCAUUGAUGAGCAAGUGAUGUAAUGCUAAAUUUCUCCAAAUUUGUUCAAACUCAUU